AUGUCGACACCACAUACCAAGCUCAGUGCCGCCUCAGACGACCGCAAAGCACGGCUCGCGAAACUAAAAUCGCUGAAGCGCAAACAACCCGAAGACGAGAUCGCACCUCCAGAAUCAGACCGCCAAAAAUCACCAGCAAUCGAAAAGGACGUUUCGCGGAUACACCUCUCUGGGCGAAACUACGAUGCCGAGACAAAGGGUCCGAAACUAGGCUUCGAGGCACCGCCAACGCUGGGACCAGACGAACAGACGCUGGAGGACCAGGCGGCGGACCUGGAGGCGGAACUGCGGAAGAAGGCGGCUGAGGAGGCCGAGGACGACAAGGGCAUCGAUCUUUUCAAGCUGCAGCCCAAGAAGCCGAACUGGGAUCUCAAGAGGGAGCUCAACAAGAAGCUGGAGGUACUCAACGUCAGGACGGACAACGCCAUUGCGAAGCUGGUGAGAGAGAGGUUACAGUCAAAGCAAAUUGAAUCGCAGAAGGCAGGCUCUGGCGCCACCGAUGGGGAAGCUGUCGCGGCGAGCCUGGAGGGCGGGGAGCUGGAGGAGAUUAUCAGGCUGAGGGAGAGGGAGGAGCAGGAGGAGGAGCGGAGGGAACGUGAGGCUAUCGAUGUGGAGUGA